UGGCGAGGGUAGCGUCGAGCGAGACACACUAUUUCUUCUCUCACUAAUUUCUACUCGCCCGACGGGAAUAUCGCCGCGAAAACGACUCGAAAACCUUGUUCGUAAAGCAGAGUUUUGUGUCUUUUUCCCACCCAGCUUGCGCACGUAUAAAGCUCUGAACUUUCCCAUUCUUUAGGGGUCAAGCAAUAGAUACGAAAAUGUUCUUUUACCUCUUCAUUACUGAACCAGUGGCAUACCGGAUCACCAUUCGUAUGGGAAUCAAGUCUCUGGAGUGGUACUGCCGCAAGUGUCUCCCUGAAUUCGUGACCCAGACCCCCUAGCUUGGCCCCAACUGCGACCCUAGGACUUGCUUUGCACUUCCAAGAAGCCACGCAAGUUUCACGGGUCAUAGCCGCAAGCAGUGUUUGUCUGCCCAGCAAGCAGAAGCGCGAAGACAAUUUGUGAGAGGCGGCAUUUGAAGGCUCAGGACUGGAUAUCUUGGCCAUUGAUGAGCAGGCGCUGGGGUCAUGCUCCAUGAUGGAUAUCCCACUUGAUCUUAAGCUCUUCAUGAAUAACACGGGCACAAAAGUUUAUAAGUGCGACCAGUGCAAUGCUUCGUACUCCGACAAGGCGUACUUUGAGUUGCACAAACAGACGCACCAAAAGGACGGUGGGAUGACUACUGUGCAGAUAGUCAUGGCUGCCCCUCCGCAGGCGGGGACCCCGCAGCCUGCACCGGCACACCAACAGCAACAACAACAACAACAACAACAGCAGCAGCAGCAGCAGCAGCAACAACAACAACAACAACAACAACAACAACAGCAGCAACAACAACAACAACAACAGCAACAACAACAACAGCAACAGCAACAAACUCAGGCACAGCAACAACAGCAACCACAACAGCAGCAGCAGCAGGUUAUACACCAACAGGACCCCCAGUUGACAGCGUACAAAAGAGCGUAUGGGGGGGAGGUGCAUCAGAUAUAUGAGGUGGCACCAUCAACGCGCUACCAAAUUGUAACAACGACGCCACACACCAUAAAUGCAGGCACUCUUGCAGCAAAUCAAACUCAGGUCAAUGUUCCAACUUAUACUGCCCCCACCUAUGUCAUAACGGGGACAGCAGAACAGCCACAACGAACAGUGGCCACUGUCCAGCAUCAGCCACAGCAACAGCAGCAUCAACAGCAGCAGCAGCAACAGCAGCAGCAGCAACAACAGCAGCAGCAGCAACAACACCACCAUCAACAGCAGCAGCAGCAGCAUCAUCAACACCAUCAUCAACAUCAACACCAACAGCAGCAGCAUCACCAGCAGCACCAUCAACAACAGACACAGCAACAGGUGCAGCAGCAACAGCAACAGGUGCAGCAGCAGCGGGUGUUGGUGUCUGCGGACCCCAAGGACCGACCCUAUAAGUGUGACCAAUGCACGGCGUCCUUCAUUGACCCAGGAGAGCUGAGUGAGCAUAAGAAGAAACACAGUGGUGAUGGGCCCUUCACUUGCGAAGACUGCCACUUUACCUUUAUGUACAAGAGCCACUUCCGGAGCCACAAAACACGCUGCCAGAAGAAGCGUGCCAUGAUGCCACACCCGCCUAAGCCCAUUGUGAACCCUGGCCCCAUCAAGCGCCAGUUCCCCACGCAUCAGCAGCAGCAGCAGCCACAGCAACAGCACCAACAGCAGCAGCACCAGCAGCAGCAGCAACCACAGGCCAAUAACAGAAGCAAUACCAAGAACAAUAGCCACAAUAACCGGCAGCAGAAUGCCAACAACACUGUUCCAUUCAACCCAAGCAACCCGACCUUCAAGCGGCAGAAGAAGGAGCAGCGGCAGGACCGCCCCUUUGAGUGCCAUGAGUGUGAUGCAUCCUUCCAAACACUGCAGGACCUGCAGUCACACAAGGCAAAGCACACAGGUGAAGGCCCCUUCAAGUGCGAGGAGUGCCGCUUUGUGUUCCUUUACCGCAAACUUUAUGAGGCCCAUCGAAGACGCUGUGAAAAGAAGCGCAAGGAGCCCCAGCUAGCUGUGGCCACUGUUGCAACAGUUACGCAACCCCAGCAGGUUCAGGAGCAGCAGCAACAGCAGCAGCAAUCGCAGCAGCAUCUGCACCAGUCACAGCAACACAUUCAGAUCCAGGGCGGACGAACUGUGGGCACAGUGCCCUCAUCUGUAUCCUCAGUGCAACUGGCAGGCCCCAUCUUCCAGCACCAGCCAGCUGUUAUAGAUAUGAGGGCUGUGCAGCCACAGCAGCAAGUGCAACAAGUUCAGCACAUACAGCACCCAGCUAUCAUUGAGCAGGUGAUCCAUGUGACACAGGUGCCCACCUCGAUGGGUGGUGGUCGGCAGGAGAUUAAGUAUGACCUUGUUCCUGCAACUGUAGACAUGGAGAAUGUGAACCAGAUCAUGAACCUAAUCAAGGUCAAAGGUCAGCCCCAGCAGUAAUACCCCCUUUAACCCCUGCCACCUCAAUCCCCCUCCACCCCUUCUCUUCAUUCACUCCUUACUGCUGUUACAGAAAAGAGAAAAGAAAAAUUACAGAAAAUAGACCUCCAUUCAGUGCUUUGUGGUGAUGUGAAAUUUGGUUCUUGUGCUGACGGUCUGGUUGAGACUAAAGCUAAGAAAAAAGAAAAAAAAGAAAAAGCAUAACUCAGGUGCCAUCUCUGAAGGUGAUGUGAGUGUGAGGUGAAGCCGCCAUAUGAACACCUAUGCAGUGCGAAUGCUCACUGUUAGAAACGUUCUGGGCAUUAUCUUACAUUGAGGUCAGUAACAUUUCAGUAGGGAUUAAUGUCAUUUAUCCUAAUUCUCUUCUUUUUUUUUUCUUUUUUUUUUUUCCCUUCAUAUUCAUUUUCCCUUCAUUUUUCUUUCUUUUAAUAUAAUGUAAAGUACAAUUUAACUUUUUUUAAUGAAACAAAAAAAUUAUAAAAGUGCCAAGAGUCUAUGACUUGAUAUUUGAUAUUUGAUUGAGUUGCAAGAACAGAUGUGCUGCCGUUGCAUUUCUCGAGCCGUUCCUUCUUGAUGCGCCGAGAGCUGUAUAUGCAAAUGAACUCCAUGCAAGGGUAGUUGCCCGCCUGCUGCCCAACCAGCCAUUCAUUCAUUACCUGCGCCAUUCUUCACAGUGCUCAGUGUAUCAACUGGGUGAUUUUUAUGUAUCAUUACUAUUAUUAUUGAUAGUGUUUAUUUUCUUUUUUCUUUUUUUUUUUUUUUUUUCUUCUUGUUCGUAAAAAGAAUUCCAUAUUUUACACUUGAUGGAAUGUAUCCUACUCCAUUUUUGGAUUUCUCUAGUGUCACCCUUGUGCAGGAGCUGGACUCUGGUUCUCUGACAGGUGAAUAUAAGAAUAAUGAUAAAAGGAGAAAAAAAAAAAAAAAAAAAAAAAAACACAA